AUGCACUCACCUCCUAGAGACCAGGCUGCGAUCAUGCUCUGGAAACUCGUGGAGAAUGUCAAGUACGAAGACAUCUAUGAGGACCGGCACGAUGGCGUCCCAAGCCAUAGCUCGAGACUCUCUCAACUGGGCUCUGUGUCCCAAGGACCCUACUCGAGCGCCCCGCCGCUGUCCCACACGCCAUCAUCGGACUUCCAGCCACCCUACUUCCCGCCCCCCUACCAGCCGCUACCCUACCACCAGAGUCAAGACCCGUACUCCCACGUCAACGAUCCCUACUCCCUGAACCCUCUGCAUCAGCCCCAGCAGCACCCUUGGGGACAACGACAACGCCAAGAAGUGGGUUCAGAAGCAGGCUCUCUCCUGCCCCAGCCCCGGGCAGCCUUGCCCCAGCUCUCCGGCCUUGACCCCCGAAGGGACUACCACUCUGUUCGCCGGCCGGACGUGCUGCUGCAUUCCGCACAUCACGGCCUGGACGCUGGCAUGGGCGACAGCCUCUCGUUGCACGGCCUUGGGCAUCCGGGCAUGGAAGACGUGCAGUCAGUUGAAGAUGCCAAUAACAGCGGCAUGAACCUAUUGGACCAGUCAGUCAUUAAAAAAGUUCCUGUCCCUCCCAAAUCUGUGACUUCUCUAAUGAUGAAUAAAGAUGGCUUCUUGGGAGGAAUGUCAGUCAACACCGGAGAGGUAUUUUGCUCAGUCCCAGGCCGUUUAUCUCUACUCAGUUCAACUUCAAAGUACAAAGUUACUGUGGGCGAAGUUCAGAGAAGGCUCUCGCCCCCUGAAUGCCUCAAUGCGUCUCUCCUGGGCGGCGUCCUCAGAAGAGCCAAAUCGAAAAAUGGGGGGAGAUCCUUGCGAGAAAGGCUAGAAAAAAUCGGUUUGAAUUUACCCGCGGGCAGACGCAAAGCAGCAAAUGUCACCUUACUCACCUCCCUGGUAGAAGGGGAAGCUGUUCACUUAGCUCGGGAUUUUGGGUAUAUUUGUGAAACAGAGUUUCCUGCUAAAGCGGUGUCCGAGUAUUUGAACAGACAGCACACGGACCCCAGCGACCUGCACUCCCGAAAGAACAUGCUGCUAGCCACCAAGCAACUUUGUAAAGAAUUUACGGAUCUGCUGGCUCAGGACCGGACACCGAUUGGAAACAGCCGGCCCAGCCCCAUUCUGGAGCCGGGCAUCCAAAGCUGUCUCACGCACUUCAGUCUCAUCACACACGGCUUCGGUGCCCCGGCCAUUUGCGCUGCGCUCACGGCCCUGCAGAACUAUCUCACCGAGGCGCUCAAAGGCAUGGACAAGAUGUUCUUGAACAACACCACUAACAGGCACACGUCUGGGGAAGGCCCAGGUAGUAAAACUGGCGACAAGGAGGAGAAACACAGGAAAUGA